UUGCUAAAUGAUAUACUCCUCGAGUAGUACAGUAGUGGAAGGUUGCAGGAUAGCCAUGCACAGCCAUCAGAUAACUGGAGUACGGCGGGACAAAACCCCAUCCGGUACAUACAGGAGUGCACAAAGCACGAAACAGGAGUGCUCGCACCAACAGGAGUAUCGUGGGACACAACCCGGACCGAUACAAAAACAGGAGUCGCCACAGGAUAACCCCAGCCCGGCUAACUGAACAGAACAUGAGUACCGUGGGUCGUCACCCAAUCGGCACGGUGCGGAGCACGAGCGUUCAAACAGGAGUAUCGUGGGGUUUACCCACAUCGAUACAAACAGGACACACUACUGUACCGAGGCAUCAUGAAGCCUU